AAGAAAUUUUAGAUUGUUUGGGUUGGGGUACAUUGGUAGAAGAUCCUGUUAUAUCAAUUUCCCCUCCACCCUGUCUUAAAAAGAAAAAAAAAGUGGUCUCGACAAAAAAAAGAAAAAAAAAAAAAAGAGGAAAGGGGAAAAUUUCCCCUCCACUUCUUCACCCCUUCUCAAUACUAUUCACGUCGGAGCGCCGGCUCCCCUCCAUUUUAACAGCUAUCGACGCCUCGCCGCACUUCUCCCGCUCCCAUUGCCACCGCCGCCGCCACCGCCCAUCUCUUUGUUCUUGCCGCAGUCGUCGCCUCUCUCCACCCUCAGUGCUGCUGCCGCCUUCUCCCGUUCUUUGGUCAAUUUCAUCAAGCUUCACUAGCAACGAGAUCAAAACCCCAACCUCUGCUAUGGCCUCCGCUUCUUCCAUUCAUUUAAAGUCCAUCAUCAACCAUAUGCCAACUUCUGAUGCGGCUGGACACUAUGAAGGGGUCACUUCCAAGAACUUUCUGGUUAGUUUUGGAUUCCACAAGCCACCAUUUUCGAGGUGUAAUCAAUUGAUGGUUUCAAAGAAGUGUGCAAUGAACAAAGAGACGGAUGUGUCCACAUCGACGUUGAUUGAUGUUGUUGAGUUGGAGGAAGAAGAGCCAAGCAUUUCAACUAUGAUAAUGAAUUUUGAAAGCAAAUUUGAUCCUUAUGGUGCUGUUAGCACGCCACUUUAUCAAACUGCGACCUUCAAACAACCUACAGCGACGGAAAAUGGCCCAUAUGAUUACACCAGAAGUGGAAAUCCUACACGAGAUGCCUUAGAAAGCCUUUUAGCAAAGCUUGAAAAAGCAGAUCGAGCAUUUUGCUUCACCAGUGGGAUGGCUGCUUUAUCUGCAGUUGCUCAACUUGUUGGAACUGGCGAGGAAAUUGUUGCUGGUGAUGACCUUUAUGGUGGCUCUGAUCGAUUGCUCUCACAAGUGAUUCCUAAACGAGGAAUUGUGGUCAAACGUGUGAACACGAGUGACUUAGAUGAGGUCUCAUCUGCUAUUGGCCCUCAAACAAAGCUUGUGUGGCUGGAGAGUCCAACCAACCCAAGAUUACAAAUAUCAGAUAUUCGGAAAAUUGCAAUUAUGGCACACAAACACGAGGCUCUAGUGUUGGUGGAUAACAGCAUAUUGUCCCCUGUGUUGUCACGACCACUGGACCUUGGAGCAGACAUUGUUAUGCACUCUGCUACCAAAUUUAUUGCUGGACACAGUGAUGUAAUGGCCGGUGUGCUUGCUGUUAGGGGAGAAAGCUUGGCAAAAGAGUUGUAUUUCCUUCAAAAUGCAGAAGGAUCUGGACUGGCUCCAUUUGACUGUUGGGUUUGUUUAAGAGGAAUAAAAACACUGGCCUUAAGAGUUGAGAAACAGCAGGAAAAUGCACAGAAGAUUGCUGAAUUUCUCUAUACACAUCCACGAGUGAAGAAAGUGUACUAUGCAGGUCUUCCUGCUCAUCCUGGCCGUUCGUUGCAUUAUUCUCAGGCGAAGGGUGCAGGAGCGGUACUGAGCUUUUUAACUGGAUCGCUGGCACUCUCCAAGCAUAUUGUUGAAAGUACCAAGUAUUUCAGCAUAACUGUCAGUUUUGGUAGUGUGAAGUCCCUUAUAAGUAUGCCUUGCUUUAUGUCCCAUGCAAGCAUACCUGCUGCGGUGCGAGAAGCUCGAGGUCUAACAGAAGAUCUGAUUCGCAUAUCAGUUGGUAUUGAGGAUGUUAAUGAUCUUAUAACUGAUCUAGACAAUGCCCUCAGAACUGGACCUCAUUAGGAGUUUGGAACAUUCAAACUUGUAAACAAUCCCUAACUAGAUAUGAUGAAAUUGAUGAAAGGUUCUGCAAAAUCCAGGAGCCUGGGUUUCGGUUCUGCAAUCAUCUACUAGGGAUCAAACAUAUUCAUGUAGCAAAGGUUAGUUUUAAUUUGGGUUGGGAAGUGAGAGGGCCAUGAGAAUGGCAUCUGCAAAGAUUCCCUUCUUGUAUUGAAUUUUAAUAUUUGAGUUGAUGGUACAGAGUAUCCCUAAUUGUUAGUUAUCUAUCUCUAUGACUUUUGGUGGAUUAUGAAGGUUUAAAAUAUAUAUUUAUAAACUUCUUCGUCA